AUGCCGGGGCGGCCGGCGCCGCUGCUGCUGCUGCUGCUCCUGGCCGCCCGCAGCGCCCGGGCCGUGCCGCUGCCGCUGCCGCAAACAGGUGCAGUGGAGUCACCUGCUGCCGAAGUUUCCUCAUCCUUUGUGAUCCUAUCUGUGUGCAGUUUCAUUAUAUUAAUCGUGCUAAUUGCAAAUUGCGUAUCCUGCUGUAAAGACCCAGAAAUUGACUUUAAGGAAUUUGAAGAUAAUUUUGAUGACGAGAUAGAUUUCACACCACCAGCAGAAGAUACUCCCUCUGUUCAGUCCCCAGCAGAAGUGUUCACACUUUCAGUACCAAAUGUUUCACUACCAGCUCCAUCUCAGUUCCAGUCUUCUGGAGAAGGUUUGAAGUCUCAAGUUGCCCGCCACAGUCUAAACUAUAUACAGGAAAUUGGAAAUGGCUGGUUUGGAAAGGUCCUCCUCGGAGAAAUUUACACAGGCACUAGUGUAGCAAGAGUCAUAGUGAAGGAGUUAAAAGCAAGUGCAAGCCCAAAGGAACAAGACACUUUUUUGAAAAAUGGAGAACCAUAUUACAUUCUUCAGCAUCCGAAUGUUCUUCAGUGUGUGGGGCAGUGUGUAGAAGCAAUUCCCUACCUUCUGGUGUUUGAGUUCUGUGACCUGGGCGACCUGAAGGCGUACCUGCGCAGCGAGCAGGAGCACGUUCGGGGGGACGCGCAGACCAUGCUGCUGCAGCGGAUGGCGUGCGAGAUCGCCGCGGGGCUGGCGGCCAUGCACAAGCUGCACCUCCUGCACAGCGACUUGGCCCUUCGGAAUUGUUUUCUCACCUCGGACCUCAAUGUGAAAGUGGGAGACUACGGCAUAGGAUUUAGCAGGUACAAGGAGGAUUAUAUUGAAGCAGAUGAUAAAAAAGUUUUCCCUCUGCGAUGGACUGCUCCAGAGUUAGUAACCAGCUUUCAAGACAGACUGCUAACUGCAGACCAAACCAAGUACAGCAACAUUUGGUCCCUUGGUGUGACACUUUGGGAACUUUUUGAUAAUGCUGCUCAGCCGUAUUGCAACCUGUCCAACUUAGACGUUCUUAACCGGGUCAUUCGAGAGAGAGACACAAAACUCCCCAAGCCCCAGCUGGAGCAGCCUUAUUCCGACAGAUGGUAUGAAGUUUUACAGUUCUGUUGGCUGCCACCAGACAAGAGACCGGCAGCCGAGGACGUGCACAGGCUGCUCACCUACCUGCGCAUGCAAAGCCAGCGGGACUCGGAGGUGGACUUCGAACAACAGUGGAACGCUCUGAAACCGAACACGCACACCAGGGACACGUCCAACAGCGCCGCCUUCCCCAUCCUCGACCACUUCUCCCGGGACCGGCUUGGCCGGGAGAUGGAGGAGGUCCUCACCGUGACGGAAACCAGCCAGGGCCUGAGCUUCGAGUACGUCUGGGAGGCGGCGAAGCAGGACCACUUCGAUGAGCGCAGCCGGGGCCCCCCGGACGAGGCCUUGUCUUACACGAGCAUCUUCUUCCCCGUGGAGGUGUUUGAGAGUUCCCUCUCCGACCCCGGGCCCGGGAAGCAAGACAGCAGUGGUCAGGAGGUCCCUGUGCGAGCCCCAGGCGUGGUUCCCGUGUUUGAUGCCCACAACCUGUCUGUGGGAAGCGACUAUUACAUCCAGUUAGAAGAAAAGAGUGGUGGCAACUUGGAGCUCGAUUACCCCCCUGCACUGCUCACCACUGAGCUGGAGAACCCCGAGAGGACGCGUGACGAGGCGCCCCAGUUUCUGACGCUCAGGGGCCUGGAGUGUGAGGAGUCCAGUACCGAUGAGGAUUUCUUCCAGAGCAGCGCAGACCCCACAGACCCCAGCCCCCCUGAGGACGUGCGUGCCGCCAGGGGCCCCGAGAGCCCUUUUGACAGUAUAUUUAAUGAUCUGGACAAGUCGGAGGACCUGCCCAGCCACCAAAAACUAUUCGACCUGAUGGAACUGAAUGGAGUUCAGGCUGACUUUAAGCCGGCCACGCCAAGUUCAAGUGUGGAUGAGCCCAAAGACGCAGGGAUAACAGGCCGCCUCGAGAAAGAGGAGCCCCACAAGCGUUAUGACCUUGCGCGCCAAGAUCAUUUUGAUCCACUGAAUGUGCAAGAAUUGUCAGAAAACUUUCUAUUUCUUCAAGAGAAAAACUUACUAAGAGACUCAUUGUGUAGCAAAGAACAUAUAAAUGACCUUCAAACAGAACUUAAAAACGCUGGCUUUACGGAAACCAUGUUAGAAACUCCACGUAGGAACACUUUAGAUGCUGAGUUUACGUUUGCUGAAAACAAUCCAGGCUACUCUUCGCUGCAGGAAAACGUCAGCGUAAAGGGUCCGGAUACGCGGGCUGUGCUCCAGGACCGCGCUCUGAGCACCUCCGUACCGUCUUCCCCGGAAGAGCAGGUACCUCCUACCUCCCUCGGACCGGAAGGAACACCUCCCAGCACACUGACAGGCACGUUCCCGAAGCAGGAGGAAACCACGCCCAGGCGUUUAGAUGUCGGUGUCCAUGACGACUGUCUUGGCCAAGAAGCAGAGGUAGAUUCGGUGGCUGUCCCAGUUGGCAUUCCCUCCACCAAUGCUGGCACAGACGGCACGGGCCCUGGGUCCCUCACGCUGACUCCGCCGAGGGAAGAGGCCUCCGGACGGACCCAGAGUGACCCCGCUCUUGUGGGUGACGUUGUUGCCAGGAAAGUGAGCAGAGAGAGCAGCCUUCCGGAACUGAGACAGAACCUGCAAAACGAGCCGCCUUCAGGAGACCCUCCCAGGAACGGGCCGCUGGAGGGCAGCCCGGCAGCCGGGGGCGCUCCGCACCAGCUCAGCUGUAAAGAUGCCGCCAACGAGGGCGGCCUGGCCCUGUCCUCCGACUCGACCAGCCAGGACAGCCUUCUGGAAGACAGCUUGUCCACACCCAUCCCCACUUCAGAGCAGUCGGCGGAGACCCCCGAUUCCCUGGACUCCGUGGACGUCCACGAGGCUCUGUUGGGGUCGUUAGGAGCAGGGCAGGAGACACUCUUGCCCCCUGACAAGCCUGCGGACAGCGGGUACGAGACAGAGAACUUGGAGUCGCCCGAAUGGACGCUGCACGCUGCUCCCGACGGUGCCUCGGCCUCAGACGCGGCCACAGCAGGCGACGGCGGUCGUGGCGAGCUGCCUCCCACCCCUGUCAUCGUCAUCUCAGAUGCCGCCGAUGGCCACCCGAGUGCCGACGGGACCGCACACGCCUCUGCCGCUGGCUCUCAGAGCUCCUACCGAGACUCUGCCUACUUCUCAGACAACGACUCCGAGCCUGACAAGAAGUCGGAGGGGGUCCAGGGAACCUCGGUGUCAGCCGUGGCCUUGGUAACGGAUCGGCCUCCGCCUGAGCCAGUCAUUCCAGAGCCAAGUCCUGGCACCACGGACAGGGGCCUGGAGACCAAAAGCAGCCUGCCAGACCACAGCUGUCCCUCAGCUUUCCAGGACUCCCGCCUCCCGGAAUCGGGAGAAACGGCGCAGCCGGCACUGACGGACGUUUCCGAGGAGCUGCCUGCGCCCCCAGACGAGGCUGGCAGCCCCUCGAGCGCGUUAAACUCGGAGCUGAGCAGCGGCGACGACUCCGAGGCCCAGGAAGAGCCCCCCUGCACCAUCGCCUCCGCCGGGACCAACACCAACGAGCUCCUGGCGUUCGCCAGCGCCCUCCGCCCCGGCAGCCCGGCCGGCCCGGCGGACCAGCCCCUCCCCGGCCACGAGGGCCCCAAGCUGAAGGAGCCGGACGUGGAGGGCAAGUACCUGGGGAAGCUGGGCGCGGCGGGCCUGCUGGACCUCUCCGAGGACGGGAUGGACGCGGACGAGGAGGACGAGAACAGCGACGACUCGGAUGAGGACCUGCGGGCCUUCACCCUGCACAGCCUCAGCUCCGAGUCGGAGGACGAGGUGGAGCACCCGGUGCCCGUGGUCCUCAGCAACGACGACGGGCGGCACCUGCGGAGCCUGCUGAAGGCCCCGGCGGCCGCCCCGCUGCCGGGGGGCCCGCGGCCCGAGGGCGGCCCGAGGGAGAAGAAGGCGGUGACCUUUUUCCACGACGUCACCGUCUAUCUGUUUGACCAGGAGACGCCGACCAAAGAGCUGGGGCACUGCGGGGCGGAGGCGCGGGCCCCUGAGCGGGGCGGCCCGGCGGCGGCCUCGGACGCCCCCUACCUGAGCAGGUGCAUCAACUCCGAAAGCUCCACCGACGAAGAAGGUGGAGGCUUCGAAUGGGAUGACGACUUCUCCGCAGACCCCUUCAUGUCCAAGACAACAAGCAACCUGCUGAGCUCCAAGCCGGCUCUGCAGGCUUCCAAGUACUUCUCGCCGCCGCCGCCGCCCCGGGGCGCCGAGCAGAGCUGGUCCCAGCCGGCGCCUUACUCCCGCUUCUCCAUCUCGCCCGCCAGCAUCGCCAGCUUCUCCCUCACACACCUCACCGACUCGGACAUCGAGCCCGGAGGAAGCAGCGAAGACGGAGAGAAGGAUUAG